UCGAAAAUUUCCAAUUUAGAUCUGCCAGGGACGGGCUUCUUCCCUAUUUCCCCAUUUUCUCUAUUUCUCUUCCAUUUCUCAUCUUCUCCUCUCAAAACCACAUCCAAAAUCAAUUCUUGUCUCCCUCCUCACCCAAAAUCAAAGCCUCCAUUGCUUCCUCCGUCGGGCACCACUGCUUCCUCCGUCGGCUGCCACCACUGCUUCCUCCGCCGGCCACCAUCACCCACUGCUUCCUCCGUCGGCCACCAUCACCCACUGCUUUUACCACCCAAAAUCAAACCCCUUCUUUUCUAUUUCAAGAUGGUCGGUAGGGGUCGAGGUAGGUCUAGGAAGGAUAAAAGGCCUAUUGAUCAUGAUGAUGGUGCUACACCCACGCUUCCUUCCACACCACACUUGCAUCCCUCUGCUGCUGAUGGCCGGCAGCAAUCUUCUAGGCACAGAUCUAUUCUACCAUAUCCAUCUACUCAUCAUACUACCCACCAUUCGCCCGCCCAGCAGUAUUAUCACCAUUUUCCGCCAUAGGGAUAUACCCCGCUUCCUCCUCAUGAUCCUACCAGUACUAACAUGGGUGCAUCGGGUGACCAGUCACAGAGCUAUGUGGUACGCUCGUCAUCUGCUCCAUUUUCUUCAUCUCCAGCUGGAUCGCAUCCAUCUAGAUUUUAGCCGGCCGAAUCGCAGCAGUGAUCUGGAUCGCAGCAGGGGUCUAGAUCGAUGCAGGGAUGUGGAAUGCAGCCAUCUUCAUCAGGGACCCCGUCUCUCUCUCCACCGAGUUCGUCUCCUAGCAUUUCUAGACUUCGUCUUCGGGAUAGUAGCACUGAGCCAGAUGCGCCCCCCCUUUCUGCGCACGCUUCAGAUUCAUCAGAGGAUAAUGAUCCAGAUGAUGUGCGUUAUGAUCGUUAUCAUAGGA